GGUAGUCUCACACAAUUAUAGGAAGCUUCUCUGCAUGAAUUAAUUACAAUAGAUAACAUUUUUAUAGCAUCAAAGGAGAGAGUGAAAGUAAAUGUGACCAAGUAUUUGAAAAGGAAGAUAAACAUCAACAACAGGACAGCUUUUAUUGACUCAGUAUUUUAGAGAAAAAUACAAAACAUUGACUUUGGACAAACAAAGUUCCAUUUGUUUUUGAAGUCCGGAACAAAACAGAACAAAACAACAAUUAAAACCACAGAGGUUGAUAGUGUUUAUCACACGGGAUUAUCAUAUCAAAUAACAAUAACAUAAUCUGUUCCAUUAGUAUGUAUUGUGACAAAAUGAAGAUGUUGUUCUUUGCUGCCAUUGCACUAUGUGUGUUAUUGAACUAUACAACAGCUGAUAAUAAUAGCAACUGCACAGUCAGUGGAUCAGGUGUACUGAAAAUAAGUUGCCAAAAUGGAGCCGAUAUAAACAAUAUUGAAAUUGCAACAAUUGACACGGCACAUGUGCACACCCUUGAUAUGACACAUAACUAUCUAACCAACAUUCCUAGGUGGAUAUGUGAAUUCAAGAACUUAGUCAAACUGGAUCUAUCCCAUAAUACGAUCAAGGAGAUCCCACAUGAUAUAUUCCAAUGUGGGUCAUUUCCAAACUUUCCAACUAUGCAAAUUAUUGAUUUGAGCUUCAACAAGAUAAGGAGGAUUCCAUCUGGAGUUUUCGACAAUUUAGUGAUCAAUGCACUAAACAUUAAUAACAAUGACAUAGAAAUGAUCGAACACGGAGUGUUCUCGAAGGAACACAACUUCUACCAUAUAAAUUGUAGCUACAAUCAACUCACAUCGCUCGAUUCAAUAUUUCUACAGCUUCUUGCCCAGGACCCCCCUUGGGAAAAUGCGAUUUACAAACGCUUUGACUUUUCACAUAAUGAAAUCUACAAAUUUCAUUAUACAGGAUUUGAACUGGAUUUCAGCAAAGUAUACAACUUUCACUUUAACCUACAGUACAACAAGUUCAAAUACAUUAACCUUGACUUGUUCAGGCCUUUCAACAUUCAUGACUUAAAUGAUUUGAUCACUUUGUUUAGCAUAAAUGGAUUCUUGUAUAUUGACUUUUCAAACAAUCCAAUCACGUGUGAUUGUAAUAUGUACGAAACCAAAACAAUGCUGAUGACAAUGCUUUCGUUUCCAUAUCUCCCAGAAAUAUUCAGGGACUGGGCUGUGCAAUCAACUGUUUGUAUGUACCCUGCUGAUGUCAGAGGAAAACCUCUCUCAAAAUUAGAUGACACUCAGUUGAUAUGUAACAUUACAGAAAAAUGCCCAGAAAAAUGUACCUGUAUUCGUAAACCAGAUAUGAAACGCUUAGAAGUUAACUGUAGUAGCCAGAGUCUUGAGGAAUUACCGAACAGUCUUCCAUUAAUUCAAAAUGACAAUAGCGAGUUGAUCAACCUGGAUAUGUCAGGUAAUUUACUCAGCGAAAUAAAAAAUCGGAGCUAUCUACCUAAUCUUGGGACAUUUGAUGUAAGUAGUAACAGAUUGAAUACAAUUGAAGAUGAAGCCUUGGACAAUUUAAAUGCCAUCCAGAAAUGGUACCUCCAUGAUAAUCAAUUUUCAACACUCCCGAGCAAAAUGAAAGAUAUGCCUUUCCCAAAUCUUUCAAAAUUGACAUUACACGGAAAUCAGUUGGUAUGUGACUGCUCAACAGUGUGGCUGAAACCUUGGCUCUGGGCCUUAACAGAACACAAGCGCUUGCAAUACCCAAGAAUGAUAACAUGUGAGACAGGGGACAUAAUUAUGGAGUACGAUUUUAAUGAAGAUCUCUGUAAUAUAAACUGGGGACUUGUUGUGGGACUCCCUAUGCUAUUUCUGACUCUUGUUGCCAUUGGUCUCAUUACAUUGUAUUGCUUCAGAAAUGUUAUUGUGUUGUUCAUCAGAAAAAGGCGCGAAUACAAAGAAAUUCCAGAAGGAAAAGAAUAUGAUGUUUUUGUCGGUUAUGUAACUCAAGAUGUUAUGUGGAUCCGAAAUGUUCUUAUACCCCUUCUGGAGCCAAAAUACAAACUCUGUAUACAUAACAGGGAUUUUGAAGUAGGAAAACCAAUAGUGGACAAUAUUGCGAACAGUAUUGAGAAAAGUCAACGAUCAAUAAUGGUCCUUUCACCUCGAUUCUUGGAGAGUGGAUGGUGCAAGGAAGAGUUUCUGAUUGCGCAUAGACAAUACAUGUUGAAUCCCAGCCAGGUGUUGAUCCCUAUACUGCUACCCGACUUUGACACAACCCAAGAAAUGCCAAGCCAUGUGAAAUGCUAUUUGCAGGCUCACACUUACCUGAAAUGUGAUGAUCCGUGGUUUGAUAAGAAGAUCAAAGACCAAAUGCCAAAAACUAGUAUUACUGAAUAUAAAGAGGAGAUGAACAAUCAAAGACAUCUUGCAGUCAAGAUUGACAAUAAUGAUGACAUCAAAGAGCUAAAUGAUGCCAUCCCUGAUGCCAUACGUGUGUCAACCAUAUCAAAUGGCACAGUUAUACCAAACAUUCUGAAUGGUCAUAUUCCAAAUGAAAAGCCACAGAAUGGACAUGUAGAAAAUGGACACAUCAAGCAUAUCGAAGGUGCUCCAAAUGGACAAAUCAAUGAAGAGAAUAUCAAAAAUAAUCGGGAAAAUAUCCGAUAUGAAAAUGUUGUGUAUGAGAUAGAUCCAGAAGACAUUAAUGUUGUAUGAAAUGUGGUAUUGUAAAAUAUGUUAACUGAUUGAGUUUGACAGUUUUUACAUGACAUUUACUUUUAAAUAUCAUCAGUAUGCACACAUUUCAAGUAUACAAUAUAUGCCCGUGGCGUAACCAGGUUUUGCCAAGAUGGGGGGGGGGGGGGAGAAUGGUGGAAUACUGCAUGAUUUUGAAAGAUUUUUUGGCAAGGGGGCCUGGCUAUAGGCCUGCAAUAUACAAUACACAAAGUCCCAUGGUAUUUUAAUAUAAUAAGUCUGAGGUCCUUUUGUGAACAUUUCAUUUUUGGUGAAUCAAUAUUUCCUUUCUUUAAAAAUACCCAUUAGUGUUCGUGUUAAAGUUCUUCCAAACACACACCAGAUAAAAAUAAAGUCCCACUCAGCCAAGCUGUGUGAAACUAGCCACAUGUAUAAGGACACUUUAAAAUUUAAUAAAAACAAUUCUAAAAUUAGUUUUUGUCCAAAUGUAUAUUUUGAUACUAUUUUGGACAGUGCUCAAGAUAAAUGUAACACAAUAAUACAUUGACCAACUGUCACUUUAGUGAGAUAAAAAUAAUGGAUAUGUUGAAAUCACUCCAAAAAUUACACCCAACCCAAAUAAUCAAAAAUAAACAAACAGCAUUUGAUCUCAAUUAGAAUUAGUUAUGCUUUGAAUACUUUCAUUUUUUUCAUAUUCUGUGGUGAUUCAAAUACCAAAAAUACCAGGUAAUCUGGCUAUAUUGUAGAAUGGGAAACCUAGCAGUGAAUCAUUUUAUUCUGGGAAUCCCAAAAAUGUUGAAACAAAUAUACAGUAAAACCUGUAUAUAUUGAACAUUUCUCGCAGAGAAAAAAUGUGUUCACUUUCAUACUUGUUUCUAACAUUUUAGGUGUUUUCCUUUGAUAUCUAAAACAUCAUUAACAUAUAUUCAUAAUGUGUAUAUUUGUAUUGUAAAUAGAAUAGCUGAGAUAC